AUGGAACAAGGAAUUGAAUAAUUGAUGUUUAGUAAUCGAAAUAGAUAAGUGGGCUAAAUUGUGAGUAAUAGAUAGAAGAAGGAUACGAGAGAGGAAGAGGGUAUAAAAAUAAUAAGAUUGGAUAAACUGAGAUAAUAAAUCAUGAGUUUGGAGAUUGAAACGAAGAAGCCAAAGUUGAAAUUGAAGAAACUGAAUAGUGAGAACAUGUUACUGAAGGAGAAGCAACAAUUAGAAGAUGACAUAAAGGAUAUAAGUUAGAGAUUAGAGAAAAUGAAAUAGAUCAAGAUAUAGAGUAAAUAGUAAUAGAGUGAUUUGUUACAAGAUAAAUAAGAUUUCGAAUAAAGAUGGAACAACAUUUAGAAUGAGGAUGAGAUUUAAAGCUUUUAGGAAAGAAUGCAAACUUUACUCAACGAAGAUUAGGAACCACCAAAUCAUGAAAUAGAGAUCCUAACUAAAGAAGUUGAGGAUCUUUUGUGUUUCAAAAUAGAUGAAGAACCAACAAAGUAAGGUAACACCAAAUACAACCUGUUCACAAUAGAGGAAGAACAAUAAGAUUAAUCAUUUACUUGA